AUAUUUUUAUUUUUUUUUAAACUACUACUUACUACUAAGAACAAAAUCAAAAGAAAAAAAAAACUACCUUUUUUAAUAUAUAAUGCAUCCUCAACACAAUACUACGAACCCUUACUGUGAGCCAAUUUAUGACUUGAGCUUGUUCAAGAGGGAUAUGGAACAAGAUUACAUGUUUACAGAUGACCAAGUAUUCCUUUUAGCGCAGGUCUAUUAUCCACCUGCCGACUAUCCACCUACUGUGGAAAGCUUUAGCAAUCAUAGCAGCACUGCCUCUUCUCCUGAAAUGAUGGAACAUAACUUUCAAUCCUAUCUCUCACCCGCCCUUGUGGAGCCUGACUUCUUUCCAGUGGUGGACCUGGAUCGCUUUCUUUAUGCUGAUCAUACAGAUACUAUUUUCCAUGGAAACGGUGAUAUAUUUGAUAUAUUACCCACUCGUUCCUCUUACUCCACCAGUUGUACACCAUCCUCCUCUCCCGCUUCCUCAACAAUACAUCACCCAAAGAAAUCCAAUGAUGCUAGACCUUAUCCUUGUAAAUCAUGUAAGCGUGCUUUUGCUCGAAAGCAUGAUUUACAACGUCAUGAACGAGUUCAUUCAGGCGAUAAACCCUAUGUAUGUCCUUGCUGUAAAAAGGCUUUUGCUCGUACAGAUGCAUUAAAGAGACAUUUACGUAUGGAGGAACAUUGUCGAGGUAGUCAAGAAGUGCAAGCCAUGAAAGAAACCGGCAGAAGACGCUUUAGAAACCUUUAAACACCAAAAAAAAUAUUUACACUCAUCCCCCCCUUUAUAACACAACUCACAUUCUUACAUAACCCAAUCCUUUCUUUAUAUAUAUUUAUCACAAAAAAAAAAGCUUUCUUUUUUUUUUUUUACUUUAUUACUCCCUCUUUUUCUCCACUCAUAUAUAGCCCAUACAACCACACUCUUCCUCACAAAAAAAAAAAAAAAGAAAAGAAAAGGAGC